CGCUGCCAUUGGCGGCAGCGGCGUGACGGGCGAUGUGGCGCGUGCUGAGCCGGGCCGUUAGUGCGGGCUGUCGUGAAGCCGCCGGCCCUCAGGGGCGUCGCUGUCGUGUGUGGGGCUGUCACCAGCCGCUCGCUUCUGCCGCCCGACAGUGUGAGCGGAAGGUCUGGGCCGAGAGGAGAACAUUUGCUACCAUCACGAUGCCUGAAGUAAACACAGAUCACCUGGAUGAACAGCAGGUGCAGCUCUUGGCAGAGAUGUGCAUCCUCAUUGAUGAAAAUGAUAAAAGGAUUGGAGCAGAUACCAAGAAAAACUGUCACCUGAAUGAAAACAUUGAUAAAGGUCUACUGCACCGAGCUUUCAGCGUGUUCCUGUUUAAUACAGAGAACAAAUUGUUGCUGCAGCAGAGGUCAAAUGCAAAAAUUACCUUUCCAGAUUGUUUUACCAACACUUGUUGCAGUCAUCCUCUAAGCCAUCCACUAGAACUGGAAGAAAACAAUGCCAUGGGCGUUCGGAGAGCAGCGCAGAGACGACUGAAAGCAGAGUUAGGAAUUCCUCUGGAGCAGGUACCUCCAGAAGACAUCUCCUAUUUGACACGAAUUCACUACAAGGCCAAGUCUGAUGGGAUCUGGGGUGAACACGAGAUAGACUACAUCUUAUUUGUACAGAAGGAUGUGACACUGAAGCCUGACCCCAACGAGAUCCAGAGCUACUGCUACGUGACACAGAAGGAACUGAAGCAGCUCUUGGACAAAGCCUCCAAGAAUGAAGUGAAGAUUACCCCAUGGUUUAAGCUAAUUGCAGAGACCUUUCUUUUUAAGUGGUGGGAUAACUUGGCUAACCUGAACAAAUUUGUUGACCAUGAGAAAAUACACCGGCUGUAAACGGCUGGGGCCAGGGCUGGCGCUGCUGUGCUGUCUCACUAACUCUAUGGUAACUGGUGACUCAAGGCACAAAACUGGUCCUCCUGGAGCAUGUUUAACAACUUUGUACAGAGAUGAUUGUGGCUGAUGGUUUUCUUUUCUCUCUUCACCUCCUCUUCCCCUCAGCCCUGUUCCUGUUGGCCAAGUUAAGCUGAAUCUCAUGUAAAAUGGGUAACAGUAACAUAAGAAACCCCAUGGUUCCCCUUCUCCAUUACAUGGUGUGAUACAGAAGAUGUCAUCCCAUGUAUGCCCAGUUUGCUGUUCCUUCCUUGCCUAACUAGAGCUGCUGGGGAACCUCCUGCCCAGCUCAUCUGACUGUGCUGCUCGCAGCUGUACGUGACUGCACCUUCUGAAAGUGGUGACAUGGAUUUGAGUGCUGCAUGGAUGCCAAGGCUAGAUGUCUGAAGAGAAAACCCAAUCAAUU